AUGUCCCGCCUCUUCACCCCCCUUCACCUGGGCACCAUGCCCCUCCAGCACCGCAUCGCCAUGGCGCCGCUCUCCCGCUUCCGCGCCUCAGACAACCACACCCCCACCGCCCUCAUGGAAGAAUACUACGACCAGCGGGCCCGAAUCCCCGGAACGCUGCUCAUCAGCGAAGCAAACAUGAUCUCACCCUCGCAAGGCGGGUACGCCAACUCGCCGGGGCUCUACAACGCGACGCAAAUCGCCGCGUGGAAGCGCAUCACCGACAAAGUGCACGCGCGGGGGAGUUUCAUCGUGGCGCAGAUCAUAGCGGUCGGCCGAUCGGCGCAGCCCGCUGUUGCAGCACGCGAAGGCAUCACGGUGAAGGGAGCGAGCGCGAUUCCGCAGAGUGAGGAGUAUGCUGUUCCCGUGCCGCUGACGGUCGAGGAGAUUCAGGGGGUGGUGGGGGAUUUCGGGUCGGCGGCGAGGAAUGCGAUCGCGGCGGGGUUUGACGCGGUGGAGAUCCACGGGGCGAAUGGGUAUCUGGUGGAUCAGUUUCUGCAGGAGAGUGCGAAUGCGAGGGACGAUGAGUAUGGCGGGGAUGUGGAGCGGAGGGCGCGGUUCGCGGUGGAGGUGGUGAGGGCGGUGGUGGAGGCGGUCGGGGCGGAGAGGACGGCCGUGAGAUUGAGUCCGUGGAAUCGGGUGGCGGGGAUGGGGACGGGCGAUCAGAGGGCGCAGUUUGGGUAUGUGGUGAGGGAGAUUAAUGCGCUGGGGAAGCUGGCGUAUCUGCAUCUGACGGAGGCCGUGGGGGGGGAAGAUCAGGGGGAGGAUUUGGAUUUCGCGGUGGAUGCGUGGGACGGGCCGGUUCUGCUGGCGGGGGGGUAUACGGCUGAGUUGGCUAGGAGGGUGGUCGAUGAGCAGAGGAGGGAUAGGGAUGUCGUGGUCGUCUUUGGGCGCCAUUUCAUUGCGAAUCCGGAUCUGCCGUUUCGGAUUCGGACGGGCGUGGAGUUGACCCCGUAUAAGAGGGAGAGCUUUUAUACGCCCUUGGUGCUGACGGGGUAUACGGAUUAUGCGUUCAGUCGGGAGUUUUUGGAGGAGGAUGUGGUUGCUUGA